UGCACAUCAAUACCGACACCACUAUUUACUUUCCACCACAUGCUUAGGCAAGACCUUGUAGACAGGAGCUCCGUUUAAGUUUUUAUGAAGAUUUGAAAACCUGACCAGACAUGGAAGGAGAUCUUCUGUCUUUGUCAUCUUCCUCGUUGUUAUCCACCUCAUCAGUGACGGCCCAGGAAGAAACUACACCUAAGAGCGACAGCAGCCAACAUGAACACAAUCCGACUGAAGAGUUAUGGAGGCCAGAGGAGGUGAGCCCCAUGGGUGACAGGCUGCUGUCCACGGAGGAGCAGGUCACUCUGAUCACUGAGAGUUUGACGGUCACCUCCACUGACCAGGAGAAACUGCUGCUGCUCAACAAGAACACGGAGCUCCGCAGAGUCAACAAAGAGUUGAUGAGGCUGAACGAGGAUUGGGACCAGGUGUACCGCAGCGCCACACAGAGUCUCCAGCAAAGACUGGAGUCUUUAGAGCUGGAGAACAACGCCAUUAAACAGUUAAACAGUAGACUGCUCCUCAAAGUGGAACACCAACAGAGUGCAAAGGAGUACUAUGAGCAAGCUUUGAUGCAUGAGCUAAAGAAGAAUCAGGAGCUGCAGGAAUACAUCAGGCUGAUGGAGAGCAGGAUGCACCAUCCAGAGAGAGACCUCCAAGCUGACAAACAGGGGAGCUUCAGUGUUGGGGUAUUCAGCCCUGGUUCAGCCCCCCCCAGCCAUCCUGCCGUGGGUCCCGACCUGUCACGCAGCCGCGUCUCUGCAUACAACACCUCAUCAUCAUCAUCAUCAUCUUCAUUUUUCGCAGCUUCUCCCAGCUCAGAGGCAGGGUGGCAGGGGAAAAGCCGGAGCAGCAGUAACACUCUGGGAGACUCCCAGCAGGACGUCCAGGAAUUAAAGGAGCAGCUGGAUGCCCUGAGAUGUCAGACCGAGAUUUAUGAGGCGGAGUUUCAGACCGAGCACAACGACCACAAGCACACGCUGCAGGAGAACCGCAGGCUGAGGAAGAAGAGGGAGGAGAUGCGUCAACAGGUGGCACUACUUCAAGAACAGCUCAAGGUUUAUGAGGACGACUUCAGGAGAGAGCGGUCCGACAAGCAGAUGCUGCAGCGUCUGCUGUUGCAGAAAUCUCCCCAGAACAAGGACCCCGUGCUCAUCCACCGCUGCAAUAACGAGCAUCGCCUGCUAGGGGGAGACAAGAGGACACAGAGUGGAGAGAAGAGAAAACAGCACCACCCACUCUGCCCCAAGCACCCGAGCAGAGACAAAGAGUCAGACUGAGAUUCAGAGGGAGAGAAACCCAACAUCAAACCCAAUGACAAGAAAAGAAAGAAUAACAUAAGAAAUUUCAGUAUUUAUCCCACAGUGGGACCAGCAAGAAAAGCAGAGGAAAUCUAACUCUAUUUUUAGUUUGCCAACAUUAGCACAUACAUAUUUUUUAAUAUAUCUAAUAUAUCUCUUUUCUAAUAUAUUUUUGUGGUUAAAUGCCAAAACAUUUUUUUAUUAUAUAAUUAUUUCUCAUUUAUGUUGUAUUUUGACUUGUUCCCAAACUACCACACAGUAUAAUAAAUUAAAUGUCUACUAAUAAAAGUAGUUACUGUAUAUACAUUUAUUACACUGAUCAAAUGUGACAUCAGGCAGUCAGAUGAGGGAGAAGUGAGGUCAUUCUAAAGGUGUGAGGUCAUGUAGCAGCGAUAUUGCUCCAUGUUUGCUGUUGCUCUGAAGAAAUCUGAAAGGUUUACCGCAACCGUUGUUUCCUUGACACUGUUCCUUAUCUGAAUUGAAACUAAUGUCGCAUAUUUCACAGCAGGGGCGACCACCAAGUGGUCAGGAGUUUCCCUCUCUGUAAAUGAUUUGCUGACACUUAACAAAUCACAAAAGAAUCCUUUGACUCUGUUUGUGUUAACGACUUAUGGAGAGUAGCGAGAACUGAUUUAGUUUCCCCUCACAAAGAUCAAUGGAUGAGCUACAACACAAUGAACAAUGUUUCGGUUUUAAAACGUUUUAAAACAUUUUAUGAGUAUGACACAGAACAUUGUGCAAUAUCUGAACAAUUUUCAGUAGAGCUUAGAGGGAAAUUAGGACGGUGAACCAUGAAUCCAAUAGAUAGUCUUGAAUCAGUCAAAAUGACUGUGUUUUCACAUUCAUUUAAAUCUUCAUUAAACUCAACAACAUGUUCCUAUCAAAGCAACAUUUCAUUAAAGCAGUUGAAUAUGAUGCAAUAAAUGUAUUUUUAAUAAAUUAAUUUCAUAAGCAUAAGAAUACACAUGUUCCCUCAUUUCAAAGUAUGUUCAUAAAACAGUCCACUUCAAUCUUUAUAUGACACAACAAAAUGUACCCAUCAAAUCAACAGUUCAUUACAGCAGUUCAAUAUGAUGCAAUAAAUGGAUUAAUAAGCAAAUAA